CAGUGACUCAGUGAGUGCCAAGUGGAAAGUACCUAGGUGUCUUAGUAAGCUCCUUAUCACCACGUGAUAUCAUGUGACACACGUGACGCUUCGUUAUCGUCGAUCGAAGCUCAGUUCAGCUACAGCGACAGACAAAUUGUGAGCAGGUUAUUCACACUACAAUGUGUCGAUGCCAUCGGCUUCGACCUCUUUCUCGCUCCCUGCGAGGGAGCACUCCUAUCACCUGGACUCGAUUCACCAGCACUGCACCCACUCCACCUACACCUACACCUACACCCACUCUAGAAAAUUCCACCCACCUCAACCCUUCGCCAGACGAUUACUCGCGUUUCAUCUUCCAGGAUAAAUGCCGCGCGACGGUCUGGGCGGGCUCCGGCGGUGCCGGAUGUGUCUCUUUCCUGCGCGAGAAAUACAUCGAGGAGGGUCCUCCCAAUGGCGGAGACGGCGGGACCGGGGGAAACGUCUACAUCCAGGCGGUCGAGGGGCUGACGAGUCUACACAAACUGGCGCGGCGGGGGAUCAUCAAAGCCGGUCGCGGCAGAAACGGACAGGGCAAGAACAAAGGUGGUCGGCGUGGCGAGGAUGUGCUGCUCCAGGUGCCUGUCGGGACGGUGGUGCGAGAAAUCAGCCGCUACGACCCCGUCACGGAAGAAGAGGCUCGAUUCCGCGAGGAACGGAAGCUGCGGCGGCGGCGGCAGAGAGAGAAGGACCUGCAGGCUGCAAGACGGAAGGAGGAGGAGGGAUACGGCGAUGCAGACGAGCAGGCAGAGGACCGACAUGGCUUACAGCUGAACGAGGACGAGGGAGAAGAAGACUUUGCCCUCCGCCGUGACCGUUGGGUCCUAUACCCGGGUGCCAAGCCGUCAGACUUCUGGACCAUGGCUUUCCCACGGUCGCCGCCGCGACGACCUGCCCAGGCGAUGCUCGAACCCGCCGCCCCCAUCUACCUCGACCUGUUCCGCCACAUGGACAAGCCGCUGCUGCUGGCGGCCGGCGCGGUCGGCGGGUUUGGUAACCCACACUUUGUCACCCAGUCGGCGGGGAGGCCCAAGUUCGCCGCCCGCGGCGAGGGAGGCAAGAAGCUGGAGCUCGACUUUGAGCUCAAGCUGCUGGCCGACGUCGCCCUGGUGGGCAAGCCCAACGCCGGCAAGAGCACCCUGCUGCGCUCCCUGACCAACAGCCGCACCCGUGUCGGUAACUGGGAGUUCACCACCCUCUCCCCGCACAUCGGCACCGUUGUCCUCGACAACCACAAGGGUCGCCCGCUAGUCGAAUCCUCCUCCCCCUCUUCCUCCUCCUCCUCCCGCCCCAACUUCACCAUCGCCGACAUUCCGGGGCUCGUCGAGGAUGCCCACCUGGACCGCGGGCUUGGUUUGGGGUUUCUCCGUCACAUCGAACGCGCUGGAAUCCUGGCCUUUGUCAUAGAUCUCAGCCGCGGUGAUCCUAUCGCAGGUCUGAAAGGCUUGUGGCAUGAGCUGGGCGAAUACGAACGCUUCCGCGAGGAGGGCCCAAUCCAAUCCGACGAGUCUCUAGAUUGGCGUCCCUCUGAUGGCUUGCCCGAACUCAGAGAUCCCCCUUCUUCUUCUGGAGGCUCCACUCUCCCUCCUCUCGCCUUACCUCCCAUCCAUACCAAACCGUGGUUCGUCGUCGCCACAAAAGCCGACCUGGAACACACCCAGGAGCAGUUCCACGCCUUGGAAAGCUAUCUCAAAAACGUCGAGACCGGUGUCGAACCACACCCGGGCGGCUAUGACGAAGGCUGGCGGGAGAGCGUCACUGUCCUCCCUGUGAGUGCUAUCCGGGGGGAGGGCGUCGGGGGUAUUCCUCGGUUAGUUGUCGAUUUACUCGACAGUAUCCAUUCUGAAAUGACUCUCCAAGCACUCCUCGCCGAAACGCUUUCUUCAAUCGCCACUCCCUCCGCCGCCGACCCGAUCCUCCAGUGCAGACAAGACGCCACGUACGUCCAUCCCCUGCUCGAUCCCGACGCCGCUCUACAACACGCCGACGCGAACCUGCGCGUGUUCCCCUUCAAAGACGUGCAGCCAUGCUGGCGCCGGCUGUACACGGACGCCAGUCUCGUCAAGGCGUGUCAGCUGAUCUGCUCGGAAUGCAGGCUAGAGUAUCCUGUUUGGAAGGAUGAAGAGGAGGAGGAAUAUAUGAGGACGUGCGAGCGUCUAGGAAGAGAUGAUCGGGUUCUGACAACGGCGUGGGUAUCGUCUGUUGUGCAGUUGCUUGAUCGCGCGUUGAUCAUGACGGGAGGGAUGAUGCGGGAGGAAUUGAUCGAGAGGAUUUUCUUUUCUCUAGAAACUCUCAGCGAAACAAACGAUAGCGACAAGAGUACGGAAGAAGAAGAAGAAGAAGGAAUGUGUCGGAUGAAAAAACGCAAACUGUCGCCUCCUAUGUUCCCACCUGAUUCGUCCCCCCCGCCAUGCUUACAGUUUGAGAUCCCCCGUCUGGCGGCUCCGUCGUUUGAAACAGUCGAGAAACACAUGCACACCCAGCGUACGCCGCUGGUGAUCACGGGCGCCUUCGAGCACUGGCCCGCUCUAUCGGAUCGGCCGUGGAGUUCGCGCGAGUACUGGAUGAAGCAGACGUUGGGGGGUCAACGGCUCGUCCCCGUCGAGAUUGGAAGGUCCUACACCGAUGAAGGAUGGGGCCAGCAGAUCAUGCCCUUUGGCGAGUUUGUGGAUAACUAUCUGUGGCGCCACACGGACUCUCAGACGGGAUAUAUGGCGCAACAUGAUCUGCUGGCUCAGAUUCCUGCGCUGAGAAGAGAUAUCGCGGUCCCGGAUUACUGCUUCAUUGAUCCGCCCAAGCCUGAGAUAGGGACUCCCCUUUACCUCAAGAGGGAGAGACAAGAAGCAGAAGAAGAAGAAGAAGAAGAAGAAGAAGAAGUCGAUCCGAUUAUUAAUACCUGGAUUGGUCCCGCGUGGACCAUCUCCCCCCUCCACCAUGAUCCUUACCAUAACAUCCUCGUCCAGGUCGUCGGGGCAAAGUACAUUCGGCUGUAUUCGCCGCACACGCCCGCCUCCCAGAUCUACCCGAGGGGGAUGGAGAAGCCGGGCAAGCACGGAAGCGAGAGUGAAAGUGAAGGCGAAACCAAGACUGACAGUGAAACCAAGACAGAAAGUGAAAACAAGACUGAAGGUGAAGUUGACAUGUCGAAUACUUCCCAGGUCGACCUGGCGUCUAUCGAACUCUCGCCCGCUGAAUCCGAGCAGUGGGACGCCCAGUGGCCCGGCUUCAUGCAGGCAGAAUACGUCGAGACGGUCCUGCGUGAGGGUGACGCCCUCUACAUCCCUGUUGGAUGGUGGCAUUAUGUGCGUGGAUUGAGGGGGGGGGUUAGCUUGAGUUUCUGGUGGAAUUGACUUGAUACUAGAUGAAUUGCAUAUACUACAUACUACAUAUGCUCUAGAUGUUUAUUAAGAUAACUAGAUCAAUAGACAUCUGCAUCGUCACUCCUAUAAUUAUACUAUUUGCCGGG